UGAUGCUUUAUUUGUAAGAACUGAAAUGGACUAGACUAGAACAUGCGUUCUUUAUGCCAUUGUGAAGAGAAAUCUAAAGGCUUGGACAUUGCACUUGACGCCCUUUGUUGAGUGACCGAUACAUGCAACAUGCCAGUGUAAUCCGCAUGAGGUCAGUUUCCCGAAGUCCAUGCACGAAGCGUUUGUGCGUGCAGUCCUUUCACAUGUGAGCUUGCCCAUACUUUACAAAGAUGGUGGUGCAAUAAACCUUUUCCUUCCAUGUACACCUUGUAGUAUGGAAACUCAUGCCUUGAAAUAAAGUCUGUCGUCUUGCGUUGGGUUUGUGGCGAUCAAAUGACGUUGAGCAGGAGCGAGACGCAUAAAGCAGCUGCAGGGCACAUUUAUACGCGAUUAAUGUGAAGUGGGCACAAUAGAGGAACGCUUCACGUGCUUGGGCCGGUACUAUACUAUUUUUCAUAUAAGCUUAGUGGGGCACAGUGGACCUAUCCACACGCGUACAAUUUCCAGGUUAUUUCAGUGAUCGAAGUUUGGCACCAGCCUGAAAUGACACACAUCCCACAGUUUCCUGCGCGCAGGCGAUCAAGUUGGCGUACUAUUUGACGUAGUAAAUGCGACUCCCGGGGCCUUUCCGUCUCGGCAAAGCAAUAUGGCGUCGUCCUAGGAAGCUUUGUUCGAAAGAAAGUGGAAAUACAGUCGUUAAAAGAUUAAGAUCUCAGAGUAGAGCAGCGAAACCUUUAAGCCGCAACACGACUGUUGUGGUUAUGAAAAGGUGUUGGCGUGACAAUGCUGAGGUCCACCGGAUUCUUCCGUGGGAUUGAUUGCCCGUUUUCCAGCGAGCGCAGUAGCGGCGGGCUCGCCUGCAGCAGACCGCACUGCCACUUCAGACACGGACAGCACGGACGAGCGUCCGUGGGCCCGCGGGACGGCGGACCCACUCAAGGCUCUGGAGCCUCUCACGACCAAGGCUAUGAUCCGUUCAGCCCUGAGGUGGUUAGACCAGAAGAGCAUUACAAUGCAGAGUCCUCGUCUGAUCCCCCAACAGGCCCUACUGUGGAUUUGGGGGCCAUGGAGUUGGAGCUGGUCAACCGGGCUAUUGAGGCUGUCCGGAGCGAAAUGGAGAAGGACAAGAGGAAGCUCUCCCAGAUCGGGGACCAGGUGUAUGAGGCAGCUGGCAGCUCUGUUAAAACAGGUUCCAAGAGACAGAUGAGUUCUGCCGCAUUGUCCCAUAACGCUUACGAUCCGGGUCGUUAUCAGAUGGGCCAGAUGGCUGACUACAACCCCACCCCACGCUCCAGUAAAUACACACUGGAUUCGGAGAGCAGCAGUGGCACCGCUAAUUCCAUGGAGUACGUGCCUACAGCGAUCUCCAAACCUGGCCUGAAGAAAGCGGCACCUGCUUCGAAGUCUCGGAUUCCCCCUACCAGCCCCAGGUGUAAGUACACGCUUGACAGUUCCCGACCUUCCACGGACAUGGAGUAUGAUCCGCUCUCCAACUUCUCUGCAAAGCCAGUCAGUAAGAGUGGGAAAGACCCAGUGGGUGUGGUGGUGGAGGUGGAAGGCAGGAAGAGGGUUCGUUUUGGUGCGUGUAAGCAGCAGGGCGCGGACGAGGAAUACGUACCUGCACCAAAGAAAGCGCGGGUACCGGCGCCAGAGCGCCCGAAGUACACAGCCAGUUUCACAGAGUCUGACGGGGAAAGCUCCGGAACCGAGUACCGGCCGAUGCCCAUGAGCCGCCUGCAGCAGAGGAAGAGCAGUACGGGGUCUGUGGUGGAGGAGCCUGGCAGGAAGCCCCCGGGGGCGAUGGGCAGGGGGCCAUGUAGGCAGCCUGCAGCAGCCGAGAGCACGGAGUCCGAAGACUUCGAGCCUCCGGAGGCCGAGAAGACAUCGAAUGGCAAGCUGCUCGAAAAAACGGCAGGUGGCCACGGCGGCCAAACCAAGAGCAGCCGAUCGGAAAAGCAGAAGAAAGAAAACAAGGACUCGGGUAAGAAGAGUGGCAGCCUCAAAGUGAAGAAAGGAAGCGAGGGGGCGGAGAAGCCCUUGAAGAAGCCCAGUCAGGAAAGUGUGAAAAGGGAGAAGAAUCAUGGAAAGACCGUAGAGGAGAAGGUGAGGGCCACAGAGAGGCGCUCCGAGAGGGAGGGCAAGAGCAGGAAGGCCAGAGCAGACGUAGAGCGAAUGAGUGACACCAAGAAGCUGAAAACGCACAAGGCAGCGCAAAGGAGCAAAGAGUCCGGCAAGUGUAAAGUGCCGAAGAACGGAAGGUUAGAGAGUGUGGGGCGAGAGAGAACAAAACUCGGGGGCAGUUUCAGCAGCGAAAACAGGAGGAGCAACUCGUGCCUGGAGGAGCGAGAGGCGAAAGAGAAGAAGGCCCCGCUGCACUCCCUGAGUCACGCCGACCUCUUCGGAGAUGAGAGUCCAGAAGAAGAAGAGGAGGAUGAUCGCAUCGUGAGGAAGACUGCCUCGGCUUUCAAACGAGGUGGCCUGCUCAGCAAUAGCCAGAAAGGUUCUGAUGUCGCAGCCUCUUCGUCGGAGGAUGGGAACGGGUCUGAACGUGAACAGGAGGAUGGUGAUGAUGAAGGCACUUAUGUGGACUACGCCACCCUGCAGGUGGAUCCCGACUACGACUCCGACCCGAUGGAGGAGUGUCUGCGGAUCUUUAAUGAGUCCAAGGAUGUUAAAACAGAAGAUAAGGGCAGGCAAGCUAAACAGCCACCCAAAGAGGAGGGGGAAGAUGAGGACACACAGAGCACUUUAACCACCCUCUUCCCUGGCCAGAAGAAGAGAGUUUCACAUUUCAAAGCCAAAGGAACUGCCGAGACCUCGCUGAACACUUUGCCCAGGCUGCAGCGGCGAUUGACUGCACAGGAGAUGUGCUACCAGCGCAUGCAGAUUGCCCGGCAACAGGCCACACAGCUCGCCGUAGCCGCCAAGACUGUAGCCGUGGCCACGGGCCACAGCCCCGCCUUCCCAGGGGAAAAGCGAAGGGUGAUGCACCGCCCAAACCCUGCCUUAAUCUCUGCAAAACGUGGUUUGUCAGAGACACAGCAGGCUGUCCGUGGUGUGUUAUCGUCCAACAGCACAGUAGCAGAUCCCUCGUCGAUCAAAGCCCACACGUCUGCUUCUAUGCUCUCUAAAACCACAUGCACUGCUAUGCAGAAGAGGGUCGCUCACACGCCGACGCUCAAGAGUUCCUCUAUGAAACGGCCAGUGAUUCCCACUGAGUUUGGAGCAAAAGUCCCCACCAACAUCCGUCAGCGUUACCUAAAUGUCUUCAUUGAUGAGUGUCUGAAGUUCUGCCCCUCUGAGGAGGUUGCUUUCCAGAUGGCCCUAGAUGAGGAGAAGCUGGUGUAUGAACGGAGCAGCAGUAAAAACAUCUACUUGAACGUUGCUGUGAACACACUGAAGAAACUGCGCAACAAGAGUGCAGCACCCACCGCCCCCUUCAAGAAGGCAUCAGCACCAGUAAACAGCAGAGCUCAGUCUCACGAGGGUGUUCUGGGUGGCCGCCUGGCGGCUACCACCAGCUACACCAUCAACCGCACAGGCAAGCAGCAGGAUGUGGACCUGAAAGGUACAGCUCUCUACCAGAAACUGAAAGCUUAUGUCCUGUCUGAGGAACAGCUGCAGGAACACGGUUACCCCCGACCUCAUCCACAACGCUCGGGCCACGCCAUCCUCGUCAACGUCCCCGAGAAGAAAAACAACGAUCCCUUCUCUAAGAUUUGCUGCCGUUGUGGUGCUGAGUACAAAGUCAAUGCCAAUGGCAGCUGCAUCCGCAAAGAGGAGUGUAGCCACCACUGGGGCCGACUGCGCCGAUACAGAGUGUCUGGAGGUUGGGAGACUCAGUACAGUUGCUGUUCUGGUGCAGUGGGAUCUCCAGGGUGUCAGGUGGUGAGACAACACGUUCAGGACGGUCGUAAGGACUCUUUAGAUGGCUAUGUGAAGACCUUCAGUAAACCAUUACCACCUGAUGGCAAUGGCGGUGUCUAUGCUUUAGACUGUGAAAUGUGCUACACAAAGCAGGGCUUAGAGCUGACCAGGGUGACGGUCAUCGACUCCAGCCUUAAAGUGGUUUACGACACAUUUGUGAAGCCCGAGAGCAUAGUGGUGGACUACAACACACGGUUUUCGGGUGUCACAGAGGAAGAUCUGGAGAGCGCUACGAUAAGGCUGCGGGACGUUCAGGCUGUGCUCCUGAACAUGUUCAGCGCAGAGUCCAUUCUGAUUGGCCACAGCCUAGAGAGUGACCUCUUCGCCCUUAAGCUGCUACACAGCAUGGUGGUGGACACGGCCAUUGUCUUCCCGCAUCGCCUGGGGUUGCCCUACAAGCGUGCCCUGCGCAACGUCAUGGCCGACUACCUCAAACGCAUCAUCCAGGACAACGUGGAGGGCCACGACUCCAGUGAGGAUGCUGCUGCUUGUAUGGAACUCAUGAUGUGGAAGAUCAAAGAGGAUGCGAAGGUCAAGAGAUGAUCUCUGACCUCAGUAUCUCAGAGUGUGUAAUGGAGGGGGUAAGCAGAAGCUAUAGGAAGUCUGAAUGAAGUGACUCCCACAGCUGUGCUGGGUCUGAGUUUACCUAUGGAGUCCCACCUUAAUGGAACUGUUUCAGUGAGAAGAGAGGAAGAAUGAAAGAAAAACAAAGGGGAGACGCCACGUCUGCUUGUCGGUGGCUAGUUUGUUGGGACCUGUCUGCCUGAUGCUUGUCGAAGCCUGCUUUCUCCAACAGCGCCCUCUUUAGGCAGUCUCUCUCAGUGCAUUCUAUCUUGAAACAAGAUUGUGAAAGGGUAUGACUUGCAGUCAAAAACUGUGCUUUUGUUGAUGGAUUAUUUAUUUUAUGUCCAUGGCACUCCUCACCUUUUGAUGAAAAACAACUCCCCAUCCCCACCCCCAACCACCACCAAUUGCAAAGCAGUUGUAAUGAUGUCAUCAUGUAGACCAGAGGUGCCUGACUGUGGUCCAGCGUGCCAGGGUGGAGCAUGAUGUGGACAUUUCAGCACACAGUGCUGGACUUCAGCCUUCCAGGGAGUGGAGCACAGGCCAUGAACCAGAGUUGCUGCUUAGGAAGUCUGUAUGUCCCACUGCCGGAAGCCUGGGACAUGGUGUUACAGCAAGAGGAGAUAUUUCUCCUCCAGCAAGAGGAAAUAUUUGUUAUAGUAUUAAAUCCACAAAUCUGCUUACUAGUAUGAUGUUUAGUGAUCCCAUUUAUGCCACCUUAAGAAACGGUGUAUAGCAAUAAAUACUGACACGUAUAGUUAGCUGCAUCGCUGUAAAAGGUGAUCUUUUUUCUCCUGUGGUUUGUUCAGAUGCCUUUCCUGACUGUGACGAUGAGUGCAGUCAGUGCUUGCUCUACUACACGUAGUACUUGUGUUCCAUGUUGUUGUUUACAAACCUGCCGACCAGGACAGAUGAUCCAGAGAUCUGUUAGAUGGCCAGGUUUAUGAUGACCAGGUGUUAGGAUAACCAUAUUUGUUUGUCUAAGUGAGAUGGAUGGUAGGAAGAAAUAACAGCCUUUGUCUCGAUGAGCAAUACCUGAUGAUAUUUUUUGUUAGACAUCCACAGCUUGUGAAUUGCAUGGGACUGAUGAGGCUAGCUCAGAAGUCACACACAUGCAAAGUAAACAUGCCUGCAGGUGAAGUCUCUGUUCAUUCACUAUUAUGACCAAUAUUAACUUUCUGUUCACUGUUUCUGUAAGACAGUAUGUUGUACUAUAUCAUCGUUUAACAGAUACCAUGGGCUGUAAAUAUGCUGUAUCAAAGCUGUUUUGUAUCUAAUUUUGUUUUCUAUUAAAUAAUUUAAAUCAUCUA